AUGCGGAACAUCACUGGAAGAUGCAACCGGGGUGCAUCGUGCUUGUACGCGCACAGCGAGGAUGAGCAAAGGAAACCGACCGACUACGAGGAGAGGGAAAAGACCCGGAUGUGCCGAUUUCAUGAACAGGGCUUCUGUCGAAACGGCAAGUUCUGCAACUUCGCCCACCACCAGGUAGAAGUCUACCUACUUGGGGGCCGCGCGGCUUCGGUACCAGUGCAUCGCAACAUGCACAUCAGAGAGGUGAAAGAGCGGGCAAGGAUGGACCUCUCCGUCGAUAUCCAACGCUUACUACGUGGCAAAACCAUCCUGGAUGACGAGCAAACAUUAGAGAUGGCUGGCCUGUGGCCAGGCGAGUCUGGGGCAGAGGGUGUGACGAUCACCGCCAUUGUGCCAGGUCAGGGCAUGGAAGAGCAAGAUCAGCAGGACGACCGCCUACCCGUACAUGGCGUCGACACGCAGAUGUCAAGGGCUUCGCGGGCCACCAGCUCUAGCAGCGCUCCACUGUUGGGACUCAGCUGCGAGGCCGGUAUCAACGUCUUCGCUGGGCGAUCGCCUGCGAAGAGUGACAAGCCCGACAAGCCGAAGGUCCUAUACUAUUGCGAGGUCAUCUCCGCAGACUUCCUGCCUGAGACACAAGAUGAGCUCCAGCUGCACAUGGGCGACAUCAUUGAGGUGCUAGAGGAUAAUGGUGAGGAUGCCACCGACAGAUGGGUUUGUGGCAGGAGCCGGAAGACACGAUUGACGGGGUGGUUCCCGUUGAGUCUCACGCAACGAGUGGACACAGACGAGACCGACAAGGACGGAGAUUCCCUCAGCGAAGCCCAUUCAGAAGGUCGAUGUCUGGCAGGCGAGCCGGCCCUGGCCAUGCGCGACCCGACGGAGUGGAUUCAGGAUUGUUCUGGAGGCCUGCUGGUGGAGCUGGGCAGCGGCCUCGUGGCGGUGCUCCGCCACGAGGUUCUCAUGGUGAUGACCGCGAGCGUGGCUGAGACACACGCCCCGGAGCUUCAUGUCCUGGCAAGUGGGGCGAUCCCGUUACCAACAGGCGCAGUGAUUCUGGGUCCUAUCUUGGAUCUUCGCCCGCACAAGAUUCGCUUUGAGGAGCCCGUGCUGCUGAUCUUUCCGGUCUGUUUGGGAGCGACAAAGGCCUGGCGCUCUUCGGAGGAGGGGAGCUGGGAGGAACUCGGACUCGCCGAUGCGCAGUUCAGGGCCGGGCACGCGGUCCUCCGUUUGGACCACUUCUGUCACGUAGCUGUGGGGACCGAUGGGCAACCAGAGGCGCCUCUCAAGAUCUCAUGCUUCAUGAACGACAGCUUCCAUGCCAAGUGGGCCGUAACACACGCUGGAUGCUCCAGGUGCAAGAGCAUUAUGCAUGCUGCCUUCCAGGAUGAAGAUAUCUUGGAGGAUUACAAGCUCUGUGAGGAACCUUUCUGGGCAGGUGUUUAUGAGCACAUGGAGUCGCUGGACCUGGUGUGGCAGAACGCGCCACAACACCUGCAUCCCGCUCCUGGAAGUGUCAAUUUUCAGCGAUUUCCGUUGGUCUCCCCCACGAAGUGGACGGCGCCGGGGCAUGAGGUGGACUUGUUCGUUCAAGACCAGAGGGAGGUUCGCCACUGCAGUUCGCCGGAUGCGCCGAAGCCACUGGACGAGCAAGCUGGCGAAGUGUACAUCCGUGCCACUGUGCGGUGCCAAGUCGAGGUGUGUGAGAGCAGCGAGGGUUCUGGAUCCCCCGCCAGCAGCUCCGAGCCGCGUGUGCUUGAAGGUGGGUUGGGGGAUGUGCCGCGCUCGAAGCGCGAGCUGAUGGAGAGCGCUGCUGGUCUGUGCAAGAAGCCCUCCAUAGCCAUCAAACCGAUCCGCGCUCCACCAGCGGACAGAGCUGAUGGCGUUUUCGUCCGCCGGCACAAGGUGACUCGGACUGGGCACGCGACACCGGUGACACCUUGCCCCGGGCCUUCCCAGGUCGCGGCAACAAGCACCGAUGGUUCAAGAUCACGACCGGCAUUCUUUAGCUUGCGCUUCAACCAGGACCAGGUCCACCAGCAGAUUGAGAGAGUCUUCAAGUUGCUGCGCAGGCAGGGGUUCAAGGUGGGAAUGGUCACGGAAGAAGAUGGAUUGGACAUUGGGGAAGCGGUUCGAAAGUACCUUGCGCGGAUUACGCCGGAUGGUUUGCUUCUGGCUGUGUGCACACUCGGCUAUGGAGAAGACACCAGCUCUCCGUCCUCCACGUAUGCUGAGCUGAAGUAUGCCGUGGACAGGAAAAUGCAGAUUCUUCCGCUGGUUUUUUCACGUGACGAGAGCGAGUAUCCACCACGACCUGAGCAGAAAAAGGCGCAGGAGCUGGUGAAUUUCGCCUUCCACAACAACCUCAGGCGCAUCUACUGCGUCCGCAAGACCGGCGAGGCCAAGUCCGAUGAGGAGAUCACGAAGCGCAUUGCCGAGGAACUGCAGCGGCCAAUGUAA